AAAGAGCAGGAGUCCCUCUCCUCGUGUGCCCCCCCCGCCCCCUCCGGAUCGGUGUGACUUCCUUGCCUGCUGCGAUCUCUUCCAAGCGGAGCAGAGGCUGGGAGAGGUGACCCGCCGCCGGUGCGCACACGCCGCCCUCCCUCGCCCGCGUGGCUGGAGGCUGGCAAACUUCACGCUGCCUGCCCCUGCCAUGAUGGGAGCUCUGGCUAAAGGUCGGGAUCUCCUGCUUCGGAUUCCGAGAGGCUCUGGAGCCUGCGGAUUAAAGGGCUAGGCGGGAAAAGGGGGGGUGGCGGUGGUGGCUGGAGAAAGAGCCGCAAUGCCUGUUGCUUGGAAGGGGGUCGUGGCGGAUUUGUUCGGCUCUGCUGCCCCCAGAUCGCCUUUCCCCCCUCGGGCUGCAGCAGGGCUCCGGAGGAAGGCGACAGCCAGCGGCUACUGGAGGCAGGUGGCGAAAGGUAGUGCUCACCAACCAACGGUCUCCAAGGUUCCUUAAGAGGCAGAGAAAGUACAAGAGGUAGCCUAUGAUUGAGUGGACGAACAGUUAUCCAGAUGCCCUGCCAUGCCUUUCCUGGACUGGUUCCUUUACCACUCAGUUGCCAUGUGGCUGCUCCUUCAGAGUUUUGUUCUCAUGGCCUUUUGCUUCCACUCAGCCACCACUUUUCCCAAGGGCUGCUACCCCUCCCAUGAAGAUGGCUUCAAAACGUUCAGAUGCAGCAAAGCUCAGCUCACAGUUAUCCCUAAAGAUAUACCCAACGAUACCAACAAAUUGUAUCUGGAUUAUAACCAGAUUUCUUUCCUGCCCAAUGACGCCUUUCAAAAUUUGCCACUUCUAAUGGAACUGGACUUGUCCCACAACGUCAUCAGCCGGGUGGAAGUCGGAGCCUUCCGGGGCUUGUCAGAAAAUCUACACUCUUUGGACUUAUCUUCUAACAAACUGGUGUCGGUUAACAAGGACGUCUUUAACACACUCAAAGCCAAAGCCAACUUAUCCAGCAACCCUUGGCUGUGUGACUGUAUACUCCAGCAGCUCAUUGAGAGAGUAGAGCUGGUUGCCGGUACCUCUGAUGGGAUUGUGUGUGAUGCCUCUGCACGAAAGGAGCAUAUCGGCAAGCCUUUCCUACAGCUAGUUGGGGACAUAGAUUUCUGCAACAUCUACAAAAAGACCACCGACAUUGCCAUGUUAGUCACCAUGUUUGGCUGGUUCGCCAUGGUGAUCUCCUACUUGAUCUAUUACGUCCGGCAGAACCAAGAAGAUGCCCGACGGCAUCUAGAAUAUCUCAAGUCCUUGCCCAGCAAACAGAAGAAGUCUGAAGAAUCUUCUACAAUUAGCACUGUGGUGUGACCAAAAAAAGGAAAAGAAACAAACCCUCUCACCCGCGUCCUCAAAACAUCAUAGGUCUGCUGGAGUAGAUGGAAAUAUUCUACAUCUACUUCCAGUGGUUCAUGUCCACCAGAUGCUGGAAUGCACAAUGGCUAAAGAGACUGUUAUUAAACAAACAAAGAAAAAGACUUUGGGAGGUAGGGCCUUAUUUAUAUAGAAAAAGGGUCUCCCUUCGUAUUUAUUCCUGAGCAAUGAAUAACAAGAAUCAUGUCAAAGUCAGGGCCAUGGUUCAGUUCUGUGGCAUCCUUAAAAAUUGGAAUGAAUGCCAGAUUUUCCAGGCCUACAGCAGGGACUCUAUUACACACAGACUUUACAAACCCCUCUUUCUCUCAAUGCAUGGUAUCAACAUCCUGAUGAUGUGCAUCUUGGGAUAAGUUCCCAUCAUGCACUGUUCCAGAGAUAAAAAAGAAUUGGGAGCGGGGUGAUGAUUUUGCUGUGCUUUGUGUUUCCCAGGAAGAGAUUUACUCAAAUUCAGGCUUAAGGGAAAUCCAGCGGGUGGGCAGCCGGAUCCUGUGUAUGUUUACUCAAAGUAGUAACUCCCAAUGUGUUCAGUGGGAAUUACUCUCAAGUCAGUGUGCAUUGGAUUGCAGCCCUCAAGGUUAUUUCAAGGCCUGAAGUACAAGAGUCCCAAAACAAUCUGAAGUAAUUACCAAGUGCUGGGAGGCUUCUGAGCCAAUUAUUAAUGUAUAAGAUUAGAGUUAACAAAUUACACCAUCCCAUUAAAGCUGAAUAUUCGCUUUGAACACACGUUACCAGCUCCAACAUUUCCCCUCCCCUCCAAUAUUUCAGAUUAGAAGGGUUCUCCUCUCCCCCCCCCCGCUUCAAAAUCUUUUUCUUCUUUGCAGGAAUCCAUUAGGAGAGGGGAAAUCAAUGCUCUGAACUUUUAAGCCAUGCUCUCACAGUUCUUGCGGCUGUUAAGGCUGUUUCUUGAACCUGCUGGGAGAUGGAAAAUCUUAAUUAGCUAAAGCAAUGUAGAAAAAUUUCAUGCUCACAUUGACUCUUAAGGAAUAAAAAAAAAUACAUGGAAAACAUGCACAAGCACCCUGAUCCAGAAAACAGCAGGAACAGCAGAAGGCUGCACACAGCAUGUAUGUCCAUCGACAGGCGCUGCCCAGCUCUCAAGCAUGUACAGAGGCUGGUGCACGGGGGCCUCUAAAGGAGUAGCACAUGACCCACAUGCAUGGGUCAGCACAUUGCUGGAUGAGGUCUGUUGUCCCCCAUGCAACAGCCUUUUCUGCAAUUGACUUGGGCAGACUCACACCUGAAAACCAAUUUCUACACGUCGAUUGCAUUCGCUGGAUCGAGGUGAUUGUGUUUAAGUGUUUUCUCUUCAUGCAAGUGACUGCGUCAUCCUUUCAGUAGUAAUACAGGACUCCAAAAAUCUCCAUGAUUCACAGAUAUUUAUCACUUUGAUAAAGUAACUUUUAAAGACACGGAAUAAUUCCUGAUCUGAAAUCAUGAACUAGUAGCUGAGAAUAUUUGUAUGGGCACUUAUAGGCAAAAUAUCACAUUACCAAGAAAUGUAUAGUAUCUAUCAACAUUUUUCACGGGGAAGACUGCAACUUUCUUUUGCUAAAGUUCCUGGACUUUAAAAAAAAACCCACGAACAUAUAAUUUCAUUGGUUUUCAAAAUGGAUCAAUUUUUUAUACGUACUGUAGCAAUAGCCGGAUAUCCAUUUUGCUGGAAUGCUUCACUUCUAUCCAUAAUAGUGAUCAGAAUGAAAUGCAUAUGCAUCUAUGGAUUAAUAGUAUAAAUAAUUGGAAAAUUAGUAAGACAUGCGAUAUAGAAGACACAUCUACAUGUAAGGUAUCAAAUAGAAUAACAGGGUCAUGUCCUUUGAGACUUUUUGAAAAAUGAAAACAGUUUUAGACCCAAAUUUGAAAAGAACUCAUCCGGGUUCCAAAAGUGUAUUGUUUUCUUUCCAUUUAGAAAUAUGAACCUGCAAAACGAAGGCAGGGUGCAGUUCACAUGUAGCUGGCCAUUACUUUCUUAACUCACAGAAGUGGUCUGCUUCUCAUAAACCACAAGUUGUGGCUGAAGAUGAUGGGAGUUGUAGUGCAAGAACAGCUGGAGAGCCUCAAGUUCACACCCUUGCUGUAAUGGUUUUGCUGGGACUCUGCAGCUGCCUGUUCCUUCUUCCGCUUUUCAUCAUUGUGAGCCAAAAGCUCUCAGAUCUCAGCUGUGACAAUUUCCAUGGUCUCCAAAGGUCUGAAGUCUACUUUACAGGUAGCAGAAGUUGCCAUAGCUGAGACCCACAAGAUCGAAGUUCACACAUUGCACUGCUCGCAUUGAGUAGACCAUUCCUGGGAGUGAAGGAAGAAGCCUGCAAAAGCCCCAGGUGAUAUGUAAGGCCAACGGAAAAGCAUCAUCCAAUCUCUUGCUAUCCAACAUUGCACCACCUUUAUACACCAAUGUGCCACACAAAAGGGUUGUUUUGUCAAGAUUUUUUCAACCACAGGAAGAAGCAUGUAUGGAGGACCUUAAGGAGGUACGCUGGGCUUGGGAAGGUAUUUCUACUCACUCCAACCCUUGAGGGUGUUCAAACUGGAGAUGGAGCUGUGGCCAAGGAGCACAUCUGUGGCACACCCAAAACUGCAGAUGUGACCUGGAUGUCCACCUGUAUUCCUCAUGUGCCUACCUGGUUCCUACUUGGGGGAACUAUGCCCUGCCAGGUUUCUAGACCAUAUGAUACUCUGCUCUGACCCAAGAAGGGCAGGCGAUAGAGACUACACCCACCUGCCAUACUCUCAAGUGCCCUUUAACUGAGAGACAUCUUCCUCCAGAGCUUGAUCGUCUGGUGUUCCAGGGCAGGGCUUUCUGUGGGUGGACAUUUUUGCAAGUCCUACCUACUUUGUAGCAAAAUGCUCCCCUUGUUCUUCAAGAGGUUCCUUCUUCUGUUUCCUUACCAAUAAAAGCCGAAAAGCCUUCUUUUGAAGAAAGAGAACGCACCGCAACAAUCUACCGUCAGACUAAAGGGGCAUUGGUCACCGUAUGUUGAAUUUAAGGAUGCAGAAGUCAGCUGACCUUCCACUGUGACCAUGUACCGAGGGAACACAGGAUAUGAGAAGAAAGACCCGAAUGCACACGCUCUCUUUCUCUGUUGAUAAGCAGCCUUAUGCCUUGAGCUCUUCAAACUCAGUACCUCUUCUCUACAUUCCCAGUAUGCAGCGGGACUCCUCCAUCGCAGUGUUGGCAGCAACCAGAGCUGCAUUCAGAGAAAACACUGAGAAACCAAAAUGGUUACUGAAAACCUAUACACGCGCACAAAGGGGGGGGGAACCACCUUGGUAAUAAACUCUUUCCUGUUUUUCAAAUGUUAUUUAUUUAACUUUUCCCAUGACAAAUAAACAAAAAAUUCAACUGGU